UUUAAUAGAGAUAUUUACAGACUGUGUUUUUAAAGAAUUCUCCUGAGGUAUCAUUGUAAUCCUAUAUUAUUUUAUAGGCCUAGAUGUCAUUGCAACAUAAUGCAGCCCAAUAUGAUAGCAGGCUCCCUGCUUGAGCCCUCCCUCCGCCUCUCAUGUGUCUACAUUUUCAUCCCAUGGCCGUCUCUAGGUGAUUUAGCGCCGCCAGUCUCAAGCAGGUGUCCAACAUGGCGAUCACGGGGAGCGGAUCUCUCGCUAUUUUUCUCUCUGUUUUCGUGAUUUCAGCGGCGUUUCUCCCGAAAGGAGCUGCUGAAACCGUGACAGUUGAAGAUCAGAACCUGGCGACUGACAAUGUGUCAGUGAUUGAGGGGGAAAUGGCCACCAUCAGCUGCAGAGUGAAGAACAACGAUGACUCUGUCAUUCAGCUGCUCAACCCCAACAGACAGACCAUCUACUUCAAAGAUGUUAGACCUCUGAAGGACAGCCGGUUCCAGCUGGUGAAUUUCUCUGACAACGAACUGCGGGUGUCUCUGUCCAAUGUGUCACUCUCCGAUGAGGGACGCUAUGUGUGCCAGCUCUACACGGAUCCUCCUCAGGAAGCCUACGCAGACAUCACUGUCCUGGUCCCACCAGGAAGCCCAAUCAUCGAGAGCCAUGAGGAUGUGGUCAGCGAGGGGAACGAGACGGAGCUCACCUGCACAGCCAUGGGCAGCAAGCCAGCUGCCUCCAUCAGAUGGAUGAAAGGGGAGGAAGAACUGACAGGUGAGACAACAGUUGAGGAGACGUAUGACAGGAUGUUUACUGUCACCAGCCGAGUAAGAUUUUCUGUCACCAAAGAGGAUGAUGGAGUACCAGUGGACUGCAUCAUUGACCACCCAGCUGCAAAGGACCUCCUGGCUCAAAGACAUUUAGAAGUGAUGUAUAAACCAGAAGUAAAGAUCGUGGUGACAUAUCCUGAAGGAUUACCAAGAGAGGGUGACAAUCUAGAUUUGACAUGUAUUGCAGAAGGAAAACCACACCCCCAUCAGAUCAACUGGCUGAGAGUAGACGAGGAUGUGCCGCCUCACGCUGUGGUCACCGGCGCUGAUCUCUACAUUGAGAACCUCAACAAGUCUUACAACGGCACCUAUCGCUGUGUGGCUACCAAUGCUGUGGGAGAAGCCUACGAUGACUACACCCUCUAUGUUCAUGAUGCUCCCACUACUAUCCCCACACCCACCACCAAUCCAGUCAACACGCAAGACUCCAGAGCCGGCGAGGGGGCACCACAGAAAAUUGACCAUGCUGUCAUUGGAGGAGUGGUUGCCGUGGUGAUGUUUGCCAUCCUCUGUGCACUCAUUGUGCUUGGUCGAUACUUUGCCAGACACAAAGGCACUUACUUCACACAUGAAGCCAAAGGGGCAGACGACGCAGCUGAUGCAGACACGGCCAUCAUCAAUGCGGAGGGAGGACACAACAAUACAGACGAGAAGAAGGAGUACUAUAUCUAAACAGGACAGGCCAGGAGAGAUGGGUGGGGAUGCUGCUGGUUGUGGUGGUGGUGUUGGAGCAUUAUGUCUAACUCUGAUUGGUUACAAGAAGGCUUGGGGGCGGGGAGGGCAAGAUUUAAAGAGGAAGAGAAGAAAGAGAAAGUGGUAAGUAGGACUGGCAUGGCCAAGUGGUAAGAAUAGGCGUUGCUGAGUCUCCUAUCCGACCCUUCCUGGACUGCCGGGGCCUAUUCUGUACAGUUCAAUUAUUUUACAGACAAUUUUGUGCCUUGUUCUAUUUCUUUUGUUUAUUUUGUUGUUUCCCCCCCUUCACAUGCUUGUUGGAUUGGAUUUUAUUUUUCUCCAUGUACUCCACCUUAUCCUUUGUUGCAUUUGGCUUUCGGAGGAGAUUAAAUGGGCCUGGUGUUUGUCUAUGUAUGCUGCAGCUAGCUUUUAGCUCGAGAGUAGCUGUGCACUAGGAGCCAGCACACUUUUUUUUCUUUUUUUUUUUUUGGAGUAAUCUCCAGAGUUCAGUGACUGGAACACAGUGUCAACACAUUUCUCCCUGCUGGGUCAAAGUCCAACCGUCCCUGCAAAUUCAUCACAUUGCCUCUCCCAUACAUGCAGGUCUGAUUGGUUUCAAUGUGUUUCAGCACAGAUUUCACUCAAACCCAAGGUCAGGUUCACUGUGUUGAUUAAUAAUGUAACGAUUGUGAGUGAUCAUGCUCGUCAUAGAAUGUAUUUGUCUCUGAAAGUCAAGUACAGUAGGAGUGUGGUUAAGUAUAAUUUCACACCAAACUGCAAAGUACAUCUGGUCCUGCAUUGGUUUCAAGAAGACAUCUGACAAGUAGUAGAUGUAAGGUCAGUUUAGUAUUUGUGUAGGAUUUGUGGAGUGCAGUCUAAGACACCAUGACAGCUGUAAUGUGCCGUGAUAUAGCGAUAAAAUUUCUACUGAAAAAAAUCAGAACUGUUCAUUCUUUUCUUAAAGCUCUGAAUCAUGUUUUUCUGCCUAUUGGGAUAACAACACUAAAUCAACAAUGGCAGACAACAUCUCUUGUCAUCUGCUUUUUAUGUUGUCAUUAGCCAAACAUCUGCUCAUAAGACUAAAAAUCAUGAGAUUAAAAGAAAUCCUCAGCAUUUUGUGAAAUACACUUUUAUAUUUGACCGUUAAAUAUGAAGCUACAGACAGGAGAUGGUUAGCUUAGCUAAGCAUAAAGACUGAAGACAGGGAGGAACAGUUGGCUUGACUCGGUCCAAAGGUGGGAAAUGCAACAUACCAGGUUUACUGGACUAUUUCCUAGCGAAGAAAAAGGCUAGUCCAGUUAGUUAGUGCUCGUACACUACUGUUGUACUUGUAAGGACUAAAUAAACAAGAUAUAAAGUGUUAAUCACUGAGGUUUAGAGGACAGAACCAGGCUAACAGUUAUCACACCAUUUCAAAUAUCUGUGCUAAGCUAAGCUAACUGGCUCCUGGAAGUAACUUCAUAUUUACAUUACAAAUAUGGAAUUGUAAACUUUUCCUCUAACUCUCACUUAUAGCUUAAGCUCAUUUCCCAAAAUGACAAACUAUUACUUUAAAAGCCUUGCCUUUAUCUAGAAUUACAUAAUCAUUAUUUUUGUCACUCUUUUUUAUCCACGGGAUGGAAGGACCAAAAACAUGGCAGAAAGGUUUGUUCUAUUAAUUACGGAGCCAAAAGACAUCUUGUCUGUGGGCAGCACUGUUGGUUUAAGGGUCAGAUUUACUCUGAGUAAACCACCUAGUACCUAAAAGAGCGACUGGUCCUGCUGCAUUGAUCAUAAAAUCUUUUUAAUAUGUAUUAUUUUUUAGAUAUUGAUAUGGCCUGCUGUGUCCACUUUUUGUUUAAACAUAAUUCUUCUAUUCUAUUUUGAUACCAGCUACAUAGUUAACCCUGGACCAAAUAUGGUAAUUAUGUAUGUGCGUACAUACAGUGCAUAUUACUUGUAUAAAGGAAAGGCUGACAGCAAAAGUCACCUUGACAGACUGCUCCUCUCUGUUGAUCUAAUCUUUUUUUAUCUGAUAAUACAGAAUAUUGACUGUUUAAAUAGCCCCAUCAUCACUCCCUAUUCUCUGUUAUUGGUUGGAGGCUACACACCCACUGCCCAAAGGUUGACGCCCUGAAAUGUCCUGAACACUGCAAAACUAUAGAAUACAGGCAGAGGGCAGAGUCUCUGCAGAGACACAGCCACGCACUUCUAGUGGGUCAUAAGUGAUGAUUGAAAGGGAUUAUUUUGUACAAUGGCUGUUUUUUUUUGUGAGAAUCCUACUCAUUCUGCCCUCAACUGGAAAUCUUACAAGGACUUUGGUAUUUUCCAAGGUUUUAUCUUUUGAAUUGAUUGAGCCGUGUCCAAGGGAAGAAUGUUACACUUUCAAUGGCAAGGUUUCCUUUCAGUGAUGUAUAAGGUAUCAGGGUAGGUCCGUGUCAAUACUCAUAGAAAGUGAAAAAAAAUCUGCUUAUUUCCUGGCUCCUUGCUACACUCUAACAUUAAUCAGUUAUACUUCCUUGCUGUCUGUAAAGACAUUUUACCUUGGGUGCUCUUUGAUAACUUGUAAGGGCUCUUGGCCUAACAAGUUAUCAAAGAUUUGCAUGGAGCUUUAGACUUGGUUUGGGAAAGAUAAUUUUCUUACUGUCAUCCUACAGCCUCAAACCUUCACAGGGGAGCCGUCUACUGUUACAAAUGUCCUUUUCUCACCAACACAAAUCAGAAGAUCCUACAUUAGAAGACAGAGACGCAGUGUGCGCACCGUGCAUGCUUCAUGCUUCUGACUCAGUCACAGCUAGAAGAAUAAUACCUGUUUGGUAAUUAGUGAGUGAUUUCAUCGUAUUGCCUGAAUAAGAAAAAAAAACAGUACAUGUAUUAUGAAAAAGGAUAACCACUGCCUUAAACCCACCUCUUGAUACUUAUCAUUAUAAAGGAAAAGACUGAAGGACUUAAUUUAGUGCCUUCUUUGAUUUUGAGGCAUAUGGUUAGUAUCGUACAGUAUCCUCAUGUACACUCUACAGUAUCUCUUGUAUAUUUGUUGUCCUUUCUAACUUACAGGGCCAGUACUCAUCCACGUUGUCUGUAUUUACGCACCAUAGACUCACAUUACAACCUGGAGCCUAAAAAGCUGAAUGAGUUUGAUGUUGCAAAAAAAAAAAAAAAGAAGAAAAGAAAAAAAAAAAGUAUUUCAUUGUUUAUCAGGGUGGUGUGGCAGCUUCCACUGACUAGAAUGUCAUGUGCCAGGAUCUAGUAUUUAUUGUCUUAAUUCGUGAUCACGUUUUACAAAAGAAUCUCAAUUUGGUCAUAAUUGUCAUAAUUAUUUUUCUCUGCUUCACUUUAUUAUUUAUUUGGAUAUAUUCAAGGACAAGGCUCACAAGUAAAUAUCAGAGAGAAAUACAGUACUUUCAGGAGUGUCAGUGUCAUGGAAACAGUUAUCUGCAUGACAAAUUUUAUUUUGGGGUUUGAUAUUUAUCUUAAAUGGUUUAAUAGUGAGUGCUGCUUUUAAUCGAGAAACAUUAAAGAUCGUGGAAAGCAUCAUUCUAAUCCAAUUUUUCUUAAUACUUGAUAUUUAGUAUGUUUGUUUUCACUCUCUCAGGUUCAUGAGUGUUAAUAGUUGUGUUUUUGCAUCUCAGGUAGAAUGCAAAUUUAAGGCCCCAGUAUAUACUGUAGUACCACAGCUAUUCAAAAAGUGAAGAAACCACAAGAUGUACAUGUUUUUCUCAGUUGUACAUGUUUAUGUGUUCUUAAUAUGGUGCACUGUUACAGUAAACGUUAAAUAUUAUUUUGCAUAGACCUAGUUCACAAAUAAAGAAAACUAGAUUUGUUAAGCAGACGAAAAUUAUGUACAGUCAGUGUCAACAAAAUCACAACAAUGUUCAUAAAACUUCUUCUUCUUCUUCUUCUUCUUCCACUGUAACACUUUGCUCAUAGAGUAUCAGUUAUUUAGUAAUUAUAGGAUGUGACCACAGACAGUCAAUCAAGCAUCUGUUUGCAUUCAUUCAAUUCAUGCAUACAUUUUCAUAAAUGAAAAGAUGGUGUAUUUACUGUGACAUGAAGUUUUAUGAAUGACCUGUAACAUGUCUUGGAUAUUUGGAUGAAACUCAUGUUUAACGCCUGGGAAGGGAGAGAGGACGAGAGGGAUAGAGGGGGUUUGGUUGUUUUAUUACCCCAAAAUUGUUGUUGUUUUUCUAGUUUUGUUUUGUUUUGUUGUUGAAUCUUAAAUUUCUCUCUGUACCCAGGCGACAUUUUUUUCUUUUGUGUAGUGAAGAAGAUGUUUCUCAUACGACCAUGCAUAUUUUGUAUUGGUUCACCAACAUUUUUACAAAAGGAAAAAAAAAUCAGAAGAGUACUUGUCUUAAUAAAAAGAUAUCAAUG